UGCACUGUUAAGCUUGACAAAUUCAUCAAAUGCUCAUAGGCAUACAUCUGGCCACACUACUUUCGGCAUAAAAACAUUCAAUUCACUAAAGGCGAGUAUGUUGUGUGAGCCAUGCAAUUUUGUUGGCAUAGAAUGGCUAAACUGAAAUUAAUGGAUAGUUUUACACUGCUGAUUGUGUGCUUAUAUUUGCUAACAGUAAACGUCUCUGCCGGGAAUCAAACAUUGAAGAAAGAUUUGCACGAUGAUAAGGCAUUUGUGGAAGAAGUAAUCAAAGCUCCCGAGAAUGAAUUGCAUCAUGUUGGUACCGAUAAGAGCAUUAAAGAAGAACCGGCAGCAGCAACACACGAACAAAUAACAACAACGAAAAAUGAACAACAAAGCGUCGCGGUAGAAAAACAACAAAAACUGUCACCUGUACCACAGGCUGAACCAACGAUAUCACCUAAGGAGCGUUUUAGUCACGUAGUUGAAGAAACGAAAUAUAAAACCAAAGAUGUCAAUCUCGAUUAUGAAGAUGAUGAUUUGCCUGGUUCAUAUAUAACCGGAUUCUAUAUAUUUAUUGGCCUUAGUAUGUGCGCAAUGCUCUUUAUUGUUGUACGGGUAUAUAGAUUACGUUUAUCGAGAGCUGAACGUAGGUACGGUGUACAAGGUGAUCGCAGUACGCAUGAGCUGGUACCUCUACCCGUUUCUAUUGAAGAUGAUAAUAGUGAGGAUGAAGAUCAUACUUUAUUCGAAGUGAAUCGCCAACAAAUUCGAAUAUUAUGAGUAUGAAUUACAUCGAAAUAUUACUUACAUAAUGCAACAGAAAAAUCGUUUGGAUACAAUCCUAUAGCUUUCUAUGUUCUGUUUUUGAAUUGUAUUUAUUUAUGUUUUUGAGAUCCAUAUAUAAUAAGUUAGAUUUGGGGAGCAUACAGCACUCUCCAUUUUCCGUGGUAUAUUAUAACUCUACUCGAAACAAAUUUGUGAUACUAAUAAAAUAUUUUUGAAUGUACAUAUGUACUUGAAGAAGAUCCAACUAUAAGUGGGCCGGAAAAUAAA